AUGGGGCUUAUCCUUAUGUGGUACACUGAGCCUCAUACAAGCCAAAUAAGAGUGAAAGGAUUUCAUGAUCACGAAUAUUGUAUUCAUGUCAGCAUUAUGGACACAAUAUUGGUGUUUAGUUUACUGUUUAUAUACUACAGCCUCAGCCCAAAAGACCUCAGAGAUUAUGACUGUCGUGUGGAAAAUUCUUCAGAAGUACUAUCUGAAAGCACAAGAAGCAUGAACAUCUUACUGCAAGAGUCUGAAAAAGCAGUGACAAAAGGGGAGCUAAACAGAAACCAUACAGUCGCCACUUUGCAAUGCUCUGGUCUGCACAGCCCCAUACAAGUAAAUCUCCUUUACUCAGAGAAGAUGUACAGUGUUUUCACAAACAAGCCAAACGUUACAUACACCCUCCAAAGCCUGAAAGACAUCACUGAUCCAGAUGAGAGUGCUUCUACUGCCCACAGCUGUCUCUUAUUAGCAGAUCAUAAACAAAGUUUUCAGACUGAAUUUAACCUUACAGGCAAAGUGUUUCUGGUGGGGAUAUCAAAUUGCAUUUUUAAUGCAAAGCUGUCUGAGCCGGAAAUUUUUGCAGAGCAACUGCACGCCACAGCUGUACACCAACAGAACAGCAACUCAGGUAUAAGUGAAGACAUGCUGCUCAGACUAAGACACAGACAAAGCAUCUAUGCCAAAGCAGUAAUCGUAUGUGUCCUGCUACCCUGUGCACUAGCCUUCAUUGUGUUUGUUAUAUUUGAAGUUCCCUUCCCAUGCCCAUGCCCUAGCUGGAGCCUGCUAUGCAACUGUAUUCAGAAAUGUAAAAGACAAGGAGAAGAACGCACAGAAAACCCAAAUUCUGUAUCAGCCGAAGGAUCUGCCAUGGUAGGUCACAAAAAAAGGGAACCACACAAAGGAGCUUCUUAUCAAGCACCUUGGACCAAAGCAGCCAAGAUCAUUGCCAUUCAUGAGACUUAGUUCUGAAAAACUGCAAGCUGCAAGAGAAAACACAACUUUCUGUUUUAUCCAAGCACAGGUUUUUGCUUUACCCAGAAGUCUGCAUUAUUUUUCUCCUCACUUCUUAUUGUUCAGAGAAGCAAGAACAUCAGCAUUUUACACGAUACAAUCAAGCAAUUACAGAUUACAAUGAACGGUUACAUCUGAGUGACAUUAGCCUGUUUUAGGGGCUCUCCUUACGGAACUAACAGCUCGGAACACAUCUUGGUGUUGACUCCCUCCAUGAACUAUCUGGAAUCACAUUUUAACUUCAGCAGUAGACUAUGGCCAUUAGGAACAAAGGGGAUAAUGGAAAAACCUACUUACAGAAGCAAUAAAAGUCUCACCAACAUUGCAAAUUCUCCCUCUGUCUUCCAUAGAUUAAUUGGAGUUGGAGUUCACAUAGCAACUAACAUCUGCUAAACUGAAGAUUGUAUCUAGACAGAUUAUACUUAAAUGCGAGACAAUGAUUAUUCAGAAAAGCAUCUAACACGGGAACCAACUAAAAGUAUAUAUGCCCUGUCCAUUGAGCUUGAGGGCCAAAUUCUGCCCUUACAUAUACAAACUCUUGCUUGUUGUCAGCAAUCAAAAGCUCCCUUCAUCAGCAUCUUCAAAGCAUGAGGAAUUUGGGUUAGCAAUAACAAAGUUCAACUCUGCCCCAUUUUAAGCAUCCCGUGCCACUAAUUUUCUUGUGUUCCUCAUUUUGUCAUAAACUGGAUCAUACCAUGGUUUAGCAGUUCAAUUAAUUUGGGACCUUCACACUGUAAUGUUGCUUCCAAAUGAGACCAUAGGCCAGACAGUUAUUUGUUGUAAAAGGAGCACAGGUUCUGAGGGAAGAUAAAUCAAAAGGUAACCCCACAUUUCUACAGGCAGAUUUCUGCGUGCAUAUUCUUGAACUCCCAUUGCAUGGAACUAGACCAUCAACUUCCCUUGAAAAUUCCACAGAUCCAUGGAGUA